AUGCCUUCGAUUCCCGGGCCUGAAGGAGGAGAAGAUAUAAAUUCUAAUGAUAUUAAACUAGAAAUUGCACGAUUCGAGAGUGUGCAUCCCGCAAUAUAUGCCAUGUAUGAUCUCAUCGAAUCCCUUACCGAUCGCCGUCAAGCUGAAAUGUUUCGGCGGCAGGUUGCCAGUGUAGAAGGCAAUCAGGAAUGGACCCUAGGUCACACUGUUCCUCAGAUAAAAUUGGGACUAUUGGGAGCUGUUAACAGUGGCAAAUCAGCUUUAGUUCAUCGAUAUCUCACCGGCACAUACCUAAAAGAUGAGUCUCCAGAGGGCGGAAGAUUUAAGAAAGAAGUUGUUUUGGAUGGAAUGAGUUACUUGCUUUUAAUACGCGAUGAAGGGGGUGCUCCGGAUGAACAGUUCAGUCGUUGGAUUGAUGGUGCUGUUUUUGUUUUCAGUCUUGACAGUGAAGAGAGUUUUCGAGUUGUUUGUGACUAUUUCGAGCGUCUUGACACUUAUCGAGAGACGCAUGAUUUACCUAUCAUCCUAGUUGGAACUCAAGAUUCAACUUCGGAUGCUAACCCUCGUGUUAUCGACGAUGCGAAAGCUAGAAGGCUAGCAAAUAGCUUAAACAAGUGUCCUUACUACGAGACGUGUUCCACGUACGGUCUCAAUGUCGAAAGGGUUUUCCAGGAUGCUUGUAUAAAAAUUGUUCAAUCUCGACCCGACUUGAAUUAUCUUCUCUCUGGUGGUGGCAGUGCUCCUCAGUUCCCCCGUGGGGCACAGCAAUUUCAAAUGUUUCCUCCUCGUAAUCAACCCCUAUAUCCAAUGCAACAGGCCAUUCCCAUGCAACCUCAACAUAUGAAUACUAACAAUUAUAGGGAUAGAAUGAUACAACCUUUGUCUCAGAUUCAUUCCGCUACGAUGGGUGGCGUUGAUCCUGGCCUUUCGAACUGCCUGAGUCAGCAGAUGUCACUUCAAUGUAUGCAUGCAAACACUACGGCAAGAGGAGGCAGUUAUCAGCACCGACUUCCUCCUUUACCAGUUGACAACAGCACCAAUGGAAGUAUCAAUACAUCCACAAGUGGCAGUGUUCUCACUUCUCAAUCAAAUGAUUCGCGACGUGCUGAUAUGCAUAAUAACCCCGGUUUUGAACCCGAUUUCGGUGAUCCAUUAUUGGUGUCAAAUGAGGCGCCUAUCAUUGGUACCAUGCCCCGCGUCAUAACCCCUGUGGUCUUAGCACCGCCUGAAUCCCCUGUCUAUCCCCAAUCGCAUUGUACUUUACUUCCACAAGACACUUAUUGGGGUGUCUACCCAUUUGUUGUCCCCGAGGUAACACAUCUUUUUGGCAAUGCCGGAACCCAAGAUGGCUCCGGUUUGACACAGUGGUACGCUACUAGCAACUCUUCCUUCACGGACCUUAGAGGGACACAUUUGGAUAGAAAUGAUAUAGAUGCUGUGGCUACAGAGUGGCCUACACUCAAUACUCACCAUGAAAAUCGCAUGUCUCCCAGUGUCCCUGAUAAUGAGCCUCGUGGAGAAACUAAGGACUCGCUUACUCCCAGCAGUACUCCUACACAGUCGAGGAAAACGAGGCCCAAGUCGAAUCUAUUUAGGAAAACUGACGACACCCGAGAGAAGGAAAAGAAAGUGAUUGAUGGCAUUGGAAGUGGCAGAUCAAUUCCUGUUAAACAGGGUUAUCUCUACAAGAGAACAUGCAAACCCCUGAACAAGGAAUGGAAGACAAAGAAAUACGUAGCGCUUACAGACGACUCUCGUCUAAUCUAUCAUCCUAGUAUUCAAGACUACGUUCAAAACACUCACGGUAAGGAGAUCGAUUUGAGCAGGGUCACCAUCAAGAUUCCUGGUGUUAUAUUUCGUCAGACUGGUGGUCAGGCUCCAAACAGUACUAAUGGUUCCCGCAAUGCUAACACAGCUGAAGGUAAGCGAUCAUUUUCCAUCUUUCUUUUUCUCUUUCUAGAUAAGGUCGGUGGUUCGAUGGAUACCACUUCAAUUGACCCCUCAGUCUCCGGCAAUGAUCCAUGCAAUCGGUUCAGCAAUUCCCAACAGCCUGUGAAGGAUGCCAAAAAACGCUACCGACGAGUGAAGAAUGCGCAGAAGUCUGGUACCACAGAUGGUUAUGAAUCUGAGGGUUACGAAUUUCAGCUAAUCUCCAUGGACCGCCAAUGGAACUUCGAGGCACAUAGCUCCGAGGAUCGUGACGACUGGGUCUCCCACAUUGACCAGGCCAUUAUCACACGUCUACAACUCCUUGACUCUAGUAAUAAGCGCCCAGAGGGUGGAUUUUACUCGGGAUCAGCAGCUCAUGGUGGUGGAGCAGAGUCGGAUAUGCCUUCAAAUAGUUGGGGUCCCUCUAUACCCGGCUCUGGAACUACCGGCUCUGAUCCGGGUGUGAAGGAUGGUGAGAGGGGAGAUAAUAUGCGAGUAGAUGAAGCGAUGGCCAAAUCGCUGAGGGCGGUGUCAGGAAAUGAUGCUUGCGCUGAUUGUGGUGCUCCUGAUCCGGAUUGGGCAAGUCUGAAUUUAGGAGAAAUGGUGUGUAUAGAGUGCAGUGGAGUUCAUCGUCGUCUCGGUACCCACAUCUCUCGAAUUCGUUCCCUCAUGUUAGACGAUUGGACACCAGAAGCAGCUGCUGUUAUGCGUGCCAUUGGCAACACUCUGGCCAACUCUGUCUGGGAAGCUGCAGUACCUGGUAACGCGGCCAGUCGAAGGAAGCCAGACUCACGCAGCUCCAAAGAGGAAAUGGAGUCGUGGAUACGGUCCAAAUAUGAGCAUCGUGAAUUCCUUCCACCACUUCCCUAUCCAGAAGCGCCCCUACAGCAACAAUUAAUCGAUGCUAUCGCACGACAGGACACUCGUCAGGUCAUUCUCUGUCUAGCUCGUGCCACCCCGGACACCGUCAAUGCACCAUACUCACGUCAAGAUCCCCGGGCUGCCAUCCACAUUGCUGCCACGCUUGGAAAUCUUGUUUACCUUCAAUUAUUACUUUGGUACAACGGCGAUCCCACAGUAGUUGAUUCCGAAGGACGUAACGCCUUUUACUACGCACACUGCUCCUAUCACUUCGAUUGCGCCAAUUUUCUCGCUCGCAACGGCUGUCCCCGUCAAGCUGUCCCUGCGCCCACCAUAAAUCACUUCUCUGCAAUGCAUCAGCAACAGCAGCAGCAAUUGAGCAAGCAACAACACCAAACAACGUCUGUUCAGCAACAACAGGCUCCUCAAUCUGUGCCGCCGCCAUCAUCAUCGGCCAUGACACCUAAACAUCACCAGGCUGCUGUGGCCGCUUACCAGCAACAGGUCCAACAGCAGCAAGUGGCUGCGGCCGCUGCUAUGGGUUACCGGGGCGCCCCGGCUGCUGUGGCAGGAAGUCCUGGCAUGCCCCCACCAAAUCCUCAGGGUAUGAUGGCUGGAGGGUUCGCACCUGUUUUCAUGCACAACAUAAUGCCGGUGUCAUCAUCCAAUCCAAUGCACGGAACGAUGGGUGGUAACAAUGGCGGUGGCGGUCUAAGUCAAGCCACUGUAGCCGCUGGUGCCACCUUACCCCGUCGCCGAGGUCCUUUUGGCUGUCCCACAGCAGGCCCCGCUCCAGGACAGCCCGGCUGCUACCUUCCCCCCAACCAAUCCCAGGCUCCUCCCUCUGUUGUCAACAGCAGUAUGGCCAACCGACCUCUCCCUGUGGCUGGAGCAUUUGAUCCUAACAAUGGACGCCCUCUUGUACCUCCUCCCUCAUCCAAUUCCACUCCCGUCCAGGCUCAACAACAGUCUAGACUUCCUGAUAAGGAAGUUGGUAUCUAG